AUGGAGGAAGAUAUGAAAGAACCAGAAUCAACCACUGAAGCUGGUCAAUACUUGCUCACCACAGACGAUGCCGAGCUUUUACAAGAGAUUCUCAAACACAAUCUCUCACAUCAGGGUGGAAAACGGAAAUUCAGGUUUCAGGACCUAAAAUUCACCCGGCAACUGAGUACCUUUCAAAAUCUGGGGACUACUGCCCCUCAGUUCCAUGGCUUUUUUGUUCUCUUCUGGAUGGGCGUAACCCUGAUGCUGUUCAGGCUUGCUGCCAACAAUUGGAGAACCUAUGGCAGCAUAUGGGGCAAGAAUGAGAUUAUCCGUCUCAUGAUGGAUAAAGAUGUCAUGGUCCUCGGGCUGACUGACUUGCUCCUUUGUUGGUCUACGGGGUUCUGCCUGAUACUACAACGAGUGGUGCUCAAGGGAUACAUCCGCUGGAACGGUCUCGGUUGGCUCAUUCAGAAUAUCUGGCAAACUACGUACCUUGGAGUCGUUAUAUGGUGGACAUACCAUCGCGAUUGGCCAUGGACACACACUGUCUUUAUCGUGUUGCACUGCUUGGCCAUGCUGAUGAAGCAACACAGCUAUGCAGCUUACAAUGGCUACUUAUCGGAAAUGUAUCGCCAACGAAAUAUGCUGAAAGCAAGUCUUGGCCAAACCAAAGCCAAAGAAAGAGGACAUGCUACUUCUUCCAGAGGAGGGCACUCUUCUGCAGUUGAUAUAGAACUCAAUGCCGAGAUCACAGACCUCAAGAAGAAGGACUCUAGUCGGCGCUCUUCUGACCUCCAGAACUAUACUCGGUCCCAUGAGACCGACCAGCUUAUAUCUCUUAUUGGAACGAUCGAGACCGGCGUGCCACUUGAACCGAACCAGGUGAAAUCCCUCAGAGAACUGCUCGAACAGGAGAUCGAGGUUUUAUCGGAGGGAUUAAAGGGCCGGUGUUCACUGACCAACAAUCACUAUCCUCAAAACUUAACAAUAGGAAAUAUCUGCGACUUCAUGACAUUGCCCACAUUGGUCUAUGAGCUUGAAUACCCGCGGACCAAAAGGAUUGACUGGCUCUAUGUCGCAGAAAAGACAUUGGCCACAUUCGGCAUCAUUGUGGUCAUGAUAGCAGUCUCUCAGUCGUGGAUAUACCCGGUGGUAAUGGACACGGUGCGUAUGAAAGAGGAGGGAAUGACCGCGCAGCAGAGACUUCGGGAAUUUCCCUGGGUUCUCGGUGACUUGCUUUUCCCGUUCAUGAUGGAGUAUCUACUGGCAUUCUACUUGAUCUGGGAAUGUGUUCUCAAUGCUGUAGCGGAGAUCACCAUGUUUGCAGAUCGAGGGUUCUAUUCCGACUGGUGGAACUCGGUUUCGUGGGAUCAGUUCGCGCGCGAUUGGAACCGUCCUGUCCAUAACUUCUUGUUCCGGCAUGUAUACCAUGGCUCCAUCAACGAAUACCGUUUAUCGCGGGUCUCUGCCAGUCUCAUCACUUUUCUCUUAUCUGCAUGUGUACAUGAGCUGCUCAUGCUGUGCAUUUUCCGGCGGCUCCGAGGCUACUUACUGAUCCUUCAGAUGUCUCAACUACCACUUGUUGCGCUAAGCCGAACUCGGCUGAUGCGAGGUCGCCGUUUGUUGGGUAAUAUCGUCUUUUGGCUGGGCAUCUUUACCGGGCCCAUCGAGGUCUACAUUUCACGCCCAGAGCGUUCUACCAAGCGUGCCAUACUACUGCUCACCGAUGUAAUUGGCCACCGCUUCAUUAAUGCACAGCUUAUUGCAGACCAGCUAGCGGCAAAUAGUUACUUGGUCGUCAUGCCAGACCUAUUCCACGGUGAUCCAGUGCCGUUGAACAACCGCCCCGCUAGCUUCGACGUGAUGACCUGGCUAAAUGGCCCCCCGGGUCAUCUACCAGGCCGUGUGGAACCCGUGGUCCAGGCGAUACUAAAGGAAAUGAAGUCCAACAUGGGCUGCGAGCGGGUCGGUGCUGUCGGAUAUUGUUUUGGGGCAAAAUAUGCCGUUCGGCUGCUCCAGCCAGGUCUCUGUGAUGUUGCCUAUGUGGCACACCCCAGUUUCAUCGACGCAGACGAAUUACAAGCGAUCCAAGGCCCGCUGUCCAUUGCUGCGGCCGAAACCGACUCAAUCUUCCCGGCCUCAAAGCGCCAUGAAUCCGAGGAUAUCUUGGCCAAAACUGGCCAGCCGUACCAGAUCAACUUGUUCAGUGGCGUUGAGCAUGGGUUUGCUGUCCGCGCAGAUAUCACUAAGCCGACAAUCCGCUUUGCCAAAGAGUCUGCAUUUUUGCAGGCAGUCGCAUGGUUUGAUCAGUACCUUUAA